GCGACAUCGCCUCUCAGAGGAUGUUUCGGAAAGGAAGGACCGAUUACAUCCGUUCACCUUCGAGCCAGAUGCUGAAAUUCAUCCUCGCCUUCGUCGAUCCGUCCGUGUCGCGUGAAGCCAAGCUCCAGCUGUUGACAGAAGCUAUUGACGCCUACUCUGCUCUGACGAACCAGGUACUUAAAGGACACGGCAUUGACCGCCACCUGCUGGGGCUCAAGUUACAGGCCAUCGAAGAAGGACUGAGCGUGCCCAAAAUCUUCAUGGAUACUGCCUAUGGUCUGGCUACUCAUUGGAAACUCCGAACGGGGCAGGUGCCCGCAAACACAGACAGCGUGAUGUGUUUCGGUCCCCUGGUCCCUGAUGGUUACGCCAUAUGUUACAACCCACAGUCUGACCACGUCCACUUUUCGAUAACUGCCUUCAACUGCUGCGAGGAGACAAAUGCAGAAACGCUGGGCGUCGCCGUGAGGGAGACGCUAUGCCAACUGCACGAGCUACUGGAGCCUACUGUGUAGAGCUGCGGCAGACUAAGAGCAUUCCAGUUUUCACUCCUCUUCAUUCAUACAGCAAACUUACAAAAGUGUUUAUGAAGGGCUAUUGUAGAUUUUUUAUUUGUGUAUUUUUCACCUUCACAGGUGGACACAUUUCACUUUACGCGAAAAGAAAUCAUGUCGACACUUCAGCAUUAAUUACCGCUAUAGCGUUUGUAUAUACAGGAAGAUUCGCUGUAACCACCGUCAAUACAGAUUUUGUAGGUCAUUUGGUGUGGUUGUGAAGGACCAAAAUUUGGAAAAGACAUGUUGAUGGUAACAAAUGGUGCUGUUCCUUGAAUUAUACUAGUGUGGCCCACUGUGUUGGGCAUGUUUGU